AUGGACCUCUUCCGGCUGGACUCCGACAACUUUGGCAUGCUCACCAAGCUGCGGCCGUUCGUUCGAGAUUUCCUGGAGCAGGCGAACUCCAUGUUCAAGAUGCACGUGUACACCCUGGGGAAUCAGGUCUACGCGAAGGCGGCCAUCGACCUGCUGGACCCGAACGGCGUCUUCUUCGGCGGCAGAGUCGUGAAAAGGGACGAGUCGACCCAGGGGGGCACGAAGAGCCUCGACGUCAUCCCAGGCGCCGACCCCGUCGCGGCGGUGAUCCUCGACGCGCUCGACGACACGGACGUUGCCUGGCCGGGGCACCAGGACAACCUCAUCCUCACGAACAGCUACCGCUACUUCGCCUCCACCUGCCGCAAGUCCCGCCACGACAUCCCCUCCCUGGCGGAGCUGGGCCGCGACGAGAAGGGGGAGCACGGCGGCUCGCUGGCCGUGGCGCUGGGCGUCCUUGAGCUCGUCCACCAUGCCUUCUUCGACGGCCCCCGCGCGGACUUGAUCACGGAGUUGCGGGGCCAGGUGCUGCGCGGGUGCACGGUUGCGUUCAGCUAUCUGGAGCAACGUAUGGAGGACUCCCCCGACGACACCCGCUUGUGGACGUUGGCCGAGCGGCUCGGCGCCAUGUGCAGGAAAGACGUCGACCAGACGGUCACCCAUGUCGUUGCGGAGGAUCCGGGGACCCAGAAGGCGCAGUGGGCGCGGGAGCACGGCAAGUUUCUCGUCAACCCGGAGUGGAUCAAGGCGGCGAGUUUCCGGUGGUGCCGGCAAGACGCGCAAGAGUUCCCAGUGACCGCCCGGCGCGUCGUGCGCGAGCCGAUCGAACUGGCAGCGGCAGUGGGAUUGUGUUAA